AUGAACUUGCGGGGUAUGGGGCCUGGGUUACAUGAGAGUAACAGCAGCUCCCUUGGGCCAGCGGUUGAGCGAACGCAAGGUCUCGUUGAUGCCAACGGUGUCACCAGACUGAGCGAAGGCGCAGACAUCAAGGACACUGCGUAUGCGUUCUCGUACAAGUAUAAGUGGUGGAUUCUCACAGUCGUUGCUUUGUGCCAAACAAGCAUGAACUACAACGCAGCCGUGUACUCAAAUGCCAUUGCCCCACUGAACGAGCACUACAACCUGGGCAAUAACCACUUCACCAAUGCAAGAGCGGGUCUGGCUUGGUUCCUGAUCCCUUACGGAUUUGGUUGCGAGUUGUGGGCGCCAUGGUCAGAAGACUUCGGGCGCUGGAUCGUCAUGCAGCUUUCGCUUGGCUCUGUCAAUAUUUGGCAGAUCCUGGCAGGAGCAAGCACAUCUUGGAACAUGGUUCUCGCAGCCCGCGUUUUGGGUGGUGUUUGCUCAGCCGGUGGUUCGGUCACGCUCGGCAUGGUCGCCGACAUGUUCCAUCCUGAUGAGCAACAGUAUGCUGUACUUUGGGCUUCGCUUUGGUCUUGCCUUGGUUCCGUUAUCGGCGGCAUGGCUGGUGGCUCAAUCGAGCAGUUUCUCCAUUGGAGGUGGAACUUCUGGAUCCAGCUCAUUCUCGGCAUAACGGUUCAGGCUAUUCACUUCUUCUUCGUCCCAGAAACACGCUCCACGGUCAUGCUCGACCGAAAGGCCAAGAAAAUGCGCAAAACAGAUGGUGAAUGCACCAUUCGCGGCCCCACUGAAGACAAGAAGUUCGAUUGGAAACACGCCGCAGCGCUCAUGGGUCGUCCCUACAAGAUGCUGGCGACUGAGCCCAUUGUUCUUUUCCUGUCGCUUCUCUCCGGAUUUGCUGAUGCUCUCAUCUUCAGCUUUCUUGAGUCUUAUGGAUACGUCUUUGGUCCAGGAGGCUGGGAUUUCACCCCGAGCCAACUCGGCUUUGCCUUGUCGGCUCUCUUCAUUGGAUAUUGGGCCGCAGGAUUAUCGUACGUUCCGAUCAUCCGCAGAGACAACCAGAAGCGCAAGGCUGGUAAGGACUUGAGUCCGGAGACUCGUUUGUGGGGCUUAUUGUUCAUUGCCCCCCUCCUUUCCAUUGGACUCCUCGGCUCGGCUUUCACAGUCACCGGUCCUCCACUUCCGUGGAUUGCGCCACUUAUCUUCGCAGUCCUUAUCGGAUGGGCUAAUAUGGCGAUCUAUUUUGCUACCAUCGACUACAUGGUCGCUGCGUACGGUGGCAAGUAUUCAGCAUCUGCUACCGGAGGCAACGGCUUCUCCCGCGACGUUCUGGCUGGCAUCUGCUCUUUCUACACUGGACCCAUGUACCACAAGCUCGGCAAUCAGAAUGCGACGUGGCUUCUGUUCGGGCUUUCUGUUUUAGUUAUCAUCCCUGUCUUCUGGAUCUAUCGGGCUGGACCAAAGAUCCGCGCCAAGAGCAAGUACGCAGCAGAGGUCGAGGUAGAGCGUCAGCAGAAUGUGGCAAUCAAGACGGGACAGCAACACGGACACGCCAGCAUAGUCCGCACUGAAUCUCCUGAGACUGCACAGGUCCAGGCUCAGCCUUAUACUCCAAUCUGAGCUGUUGCUGUUGAACUUCUCGACAAUUAUGUACGCAGUUUAACAUUGGUGAGGGUUACAGUACCCACAGGUGUUGGUAUCGGAGACAGAAGGAUUCCGAGUACUUAUGAGGAUAAUGCGUAAUACUCGUUUCGUCUUUCUGUAGUAAUCAAUCUCACGUUGUUCAUCCUGGCAUUGUGCUCUCCUUUUCUAAUCACCACACCGUCUUGCUGCUCAAAGCUUUGUAAGUAUCUAUUACAUAGACAUGAAUCCAUAGAUUUUCUCACGAAACCAAUUUACGCAGCGAGUGUUGCGGGCUGUUGACAAGGGCGAUGUCGUGCUGUG